ACUUCAAAAAUCAAAAUGGGUUUAGAUUAUUACGGAAUCUUACAAAUACCAAGAAAUAGCACAGAUUUAGAUAUUAAAAAAGCUUUCAGAACAUUAGCAUUAGAAUUUAAUCCCGAACGAUUACACCAUAGAAGUUCCCGUCAAGUAUUCACGUUAAUAUGCGAAGCGUACGAUGUCCUCUCAAAUCCGUUAAUAAGAGCCGUUUUCGAUCAAUACGGAGAGGAAGGUUUAAAAAAUGGAGUUCCCGGACCACAAGAUUAUAUAAAACCCUAUCAUUAUCACGGGGAUCCGAUGAAAACGUACAAAGAUUUCUUUGGGACCGCGUCUCCUUACGCCGAUUUAAUGGAUUAUAUUUUGAAUCCGCCGAAAAUUUAUGAUUUGCCGGAAGGGAGGGGAAUUUGCAAAAAGCAACCGCCUAUUUAUCAUCCUUUGGCUUUAACGUUGCACGAAGUGUUUUUUGGGGGGGUUAAAAAAAUGAAAAUACGACGAUUGGAAUUUAUGGGGCCCGAUAAAAUUCAAACUGAGGUUAGAGAAAAAAUUUUAUCGAUUCCUAUUAAACCGGGAUUGAGAAGGGGAACUGAAAUUGUUUUUCCUGAAGAAGGGGAUCAAAAUCCAGCUCAUAUAGCAGCGGAUAUUAUUUUUAUAACCGAAGAUCGACCUCACGAAUACUUCGUCCGCGAAGAUGAUAAUUUAGUUACAGAAGCUGAGAUAACACUACAAGAAGCACUAUUAGGCACAACAAUAACAGUAAAUACAAUAGACCAUAGAAUUAUACGAAUUCCCAUUACGGACAUUGUUAAUCCUGGUUAUGAAAAAGUUGUUCCAAACGAAGGAAUGCCCAUUUUAGAAACUCCAGGUGAAAAAUCUGACUUGAUAAUACGCUUUAGGGUCGAAUAUCCGCCGUAUUUACCGAAAGCCAGUCGAGAUUUACUCGAAAAAGCGUUCUUUUUGGCGAAAAUCGGUGGCGGUAGAAACCAACAAGAAAUGGUCAACAAAAUGAUUUUAGCCGAUAAAAUUAUGAGAGUUUGUCCCGACGAACAAUUACCACCUAUUUAAUUCAAUA